CCCGUCUUCCUGCUUCGGAGGAAAGCUUGCGAUCGUGAUUCCCGCUUCCGCUGACUGCAAGCAACUUGGCCCGCUUUCCCUGUCCGUCCGCCGCCAUGUCCGUCCCCGAGAAGUUCACCGGUUUCCAGGUCCACGGGCCCGAGACGUGGCUGGAGUUCCACAAGAACGAGUUCCAGCCCAAGCCGUUCGGCGACUACGACGUCGACAUCAAGAUCGAGUGCUGCGGUGUGUGCGCUAGCGACGUCCACACCAUCAGCGGCGGCUGGGGCAAGCAGCACUACCCCCUCGCGGUCGGGCACGAGAUCGUCGGGCGGGCCGUCCGCGUGGGACCGAAGGUGACGCUGAUCAAGCCGGGCCAGCGCGUGGGCGUCGGCGCGCAGAGCUACUCGUGCCUGAACUGCCGGCAGUGCAACAACGACAACGAGACGUACUGCCGCAAGCAGCUCGACACGUACGGCGCCGUCUGGCCCGACACGGGCAUCGUCUCGCAGGGCGGCUACUCGUCGCACGUGCGGACGCACGAACACUGGGUCUUCCCAAUCCCCGAUGCGCUGCCCAGCACCGCGGCGGCGCCGAUGCUCUGCGCCGGCCUGACGGCGUACUCGCCGCUGGUGCGCAACGGCUGCGGGCCCGGCAAGAAGGUGGGCAUCGUGGGCCUCGGCGGCAUCGGGCACCUGGGCGUGCUGUUCGCCAAGGCGCUGGGGGCCGAGGUCUGGGUGAUCAGCCGGUCGCACGCCAAGGAGGCGGACGCGCGCAAGCUGGGCGCGGACGGGUUCCUGGCGACGUCGGACCGCGACUGGAACGCGCCGCACGUCAUGACCUUCGACCUGAUCGUCAACACGGCCAACAGCUUCGACGGCUUCGACCUCGACGCCUACCUGAGCCUGCUCGACGUGCACGCCCGCUGGGUCAACGUCGGCCUGCCCGAGGGCGACGGCAUCAAGGUCCGCAACCAGACCUUCCUCGGCAACGGCUGCUUCUUCGGCAGCUCCCACCUCGGCAGCCGCCGCGAGACCCUCGCCAUGCUGCAGCUGGCCGCCGACAAGGGCAUCCGCACCUGGGUCGAGGAGGUGCCCAUCAGCGCCGAGAACCUGGCCACCGUCAUGACGCGGCUGCACAAGAACGACGUCCGGUACCGUUUCUGCCUAACCAACUACGAGGACCAGUUCGGGGCGUGAAGUGCGGUGGGAAGGGAAGGGGUGGUUGCACGAUGGUGGUGACACAAU